UGGCUUUCAUCAUUGUAUAUACUGCAUUAAGUACACGUAGCGCUUCUUAAAGUGCUCUUACAACAAAUUACCCUACCUAAGAAUCUUUGUCCAAGAUGCUGUACGGUUGCUUAAAGCGCACAUGUGUGUACAUAGUACUAUGUACAGCUUUGAGGUUACCCCUGAGAAGAAAGAAUUAACCUUAUUGGUGGGAUUCUCCGUCUUAAGGUACAAGUUGCACAGUACAUACUGUACAUGUAGUACUGGGCAUCUAGGUACAGGUAGGUUGUGAUCGUGCACGGACCAUAUGGCACUAAUUGGUGGGGUAGUGGUGGUGGUCCCUUAAAGUUGCCUUAGCUGCUACAAAACUUUGGCAGCUUCACCUAUCGUUAUCCAACUUACCUCAAGCCCGUCUCCACCAACAUGCGUCAGCCGUGUGCAUGUUCAAAUGACUUCCAGAAAUUACGACUUCUUGAAAGAUCAAAGAGCUCUUACCUUAUGUACUUCCUAUUAGAUUUACCUAUUAUAAAUUUACCCUCUACCCAAGUACCGUUUAAUCAAUCCGCGCUUUCGUCUCAAAUCUCUUCUUCCGACCUUCUCUUCUUCCCUCGCCUUCCCUUAAAAAUUAAAGGAAAAACCAAAAUAAAACCAACAACAACAACAACUCUACUACUAAUCGCUCAUAAACUUGUGAUGAUAUGGCGAAGGACACGAGCUCCGUGGGGGAGCUCCAAGUGAGCAAAUGCUAUUUCGAAUCUGGUCGCAAGAGACAUCGCAUCUCCGCCUCAGUCUCAAUCCCCUUCGAGGCUUCCCACCCCGCAGUGAAUAUCAACCAAGGUAACGUGGACGACCAAAGCAUCGACGAUACCAGCGAUUCGGAAGAGGAAGUUAUCGCACAAGGUGAGGCGCCUAUAGUUGAUGACGAUGACGACGAAUAUGAUUUUGAGGGUGUAACCGAAAUGGAUUUGGCAGAUGAUGUGGCCUUUAUAGAAUCCUUAGUGCCCGCUGAGCCUGAUGAUUUGUCUACAGAUGGGCUCUUCGACCCCGGCAUGGAUGACGAUGAUUUUGAUGAUUUGGACGACGACCUGGGAGAUAACACCGGGCACAAUACCGUCGACGAAGGAGGCCCCCCGCGUGUCUCGACGUGGCGGUUGAACCUCACGGCGCUAUCGCAAGUCUAUAACAUCUACAUGGCCGCCUACUCAGACAAGAUAUAUGUCUCUCGGCCCCGAAGCUGCGUCACGAACUCUCUACCUGCUGAGCCUGACCUUAUCUUGCAACCCCCUGCCAGUGCCAUGGGCAUCGAAAUUGGUGGUUAUCUGGACAGGAUUUUACCGCACCAGGUAAACCAUAUGAUUGUUGGCGACCUGGGCGACGAGGAAAUUAUGCUGCUUGCCUACGACGAUGGUGAUGUCAUUGGCUAUUACACUCGGACCAUCGAGAAAGAACUUCUCCGACGUGAGAGGGAGGGCCGAGAUAACGACAUCAUUCCCGAACCCUUCUUCCACGAGAACGUAGGGAAAAGCGCCUGGGGGCUUGCAGUCCAUAAGCAAUCUCGUAUCAUAGCUGUCGGUUCCAACUCCCAUAACGUCUGCGUUUUUGUCUUUGCCUUAACCGGCAAAAGCUACAGACACAAUCCGCUAGUCGACUCGGUUGAAUUCUUUAGGAACGUUGCCAAGGACACGAAUGGCGAUGCUGUGGAAUGGACGAAUGAUAGACCUCUACCCUAUAGGGGAACUAACCCCGGACGCAAAAAGUCUUUAGAGAAAGUCAUUCGGCGCCGGGACGCCAACUGGCGAAUCAUCCUGGAAAUUGGGCGCGAGGGAUCCAAUAUCCCAAAUGUCGCCUUCGGUAGCGAUAAUACGGGGGAGGCAGAUAAGAUUGUAGCAAUAGGUAUCUGCGGAUGCCUCUGGAUUAUGGACAUUUGGCAGUUCGAACCUUUCGUCAAGAUCGACGACAUCUACUCGGCUUGCGUGAUGGCGAGGCUCAAUUAUAACUAUAACAAGCCUCGUAGCUGGGGCGUGCUUGUACUCCCCGAAAGCAGUUUCCUCCCGGCAGCCGACUAUACAGAUGCGCUGGGCGUAGACAAAGAUAAUAUAAGAUACGUCAGCAACGAGAAGAUUGGAAAUUGGCUUGAUAUCAGUAAAGGCAUCAAGAACGUUAAGAACAAUUCGCCGGUGCACCCGUGGCUUAGGUGGGAUAAAAUCUCGCGGUUUUCGUUCAAUCCCGUUGAGCAGCAUAGGACAUUGCUCAACGGAGGUUCGUGGGUUGACUUCAAGACCCACCAGAUGAAGAUUCCUGACUCGAGUGCCGAGCAGGAGUCUCAGUUAGGGAAAACCGGAGUUGAAUACAUGGAGGAUCCCAAGACCAUUCUAACGGAUGGAAGCAGCAUCAUGCGGACGCAUGAGCUUGAUAUUGAGCUUCGCAGCUUUGAGGAGGGUGGUACUGGCAUCAUGUUUGAGAAGGUCAUCAGCCAGUCUCGACCUCCGAACGCGGUAAUCCCAGCCAUGCGAGUUUCGCAUGAACGUCUAGCGAAUCUUAUACACGUCCCGGAACUGUCGUUGGUCGUAGCGGGCUCAUUGUGUGGGCGGGUGGCGCUUGUGACUUUGACGCGGCCCCCGAAAGGCUUCCCUUUCAAACGCGGCUUCAAGGUUGAGGCUAUCCUACCCCUGAAGCGGGAUGAAGAUAACGAAGUGCGGCCUAUAUGUCCCUUGUUAGGCGUGGCUGUUGGGCCAGUGCCGUUCUCCGGAAAUGUAGAACGAGCAUCCGGACCUGUUGGUCGGAGACGAUACCGCGUCAUGCUUCAGUACUACGAUCUCACCAUUCUCAGUUACGAAAUUUCUCGAAAUUCAUUGACAGACCCUCUCUCCAUUAUUUGACGGUCACAGAUCUACCUCUUUCUUUUUUCUUUUCUUUUUUUC